GCUGACUAUAAGGCUCCUGCGGCUGACUAUAAGGCUCCUGCGGCUGACUACAAGGCCCCUGCGGCUGACUAUAAGGCCCCUGCGGCUGACUAUAAGGCUCCUGCAGCUGAUUACAAGGCCCCUUCUACCGGUUAUGUGUACAAGGCCCCAGCUGGACUGCCGAGCCCCGGCUACCACGCCCCGAAGCCUACGUACAAGCCACCAACGGCUUAUAAGGCGCCUGCACAUGGCUAUGAUUACACGCCUCCCCAGACCGCUUAUAAAGCCCCAGCCGCUGACUACAAAGCACCUGCAGCUGACUAUAAGGCCCCUGCCGCUGAUUACAAAGCCCCUUCCGCAGGGUACGACUACACGCCCCCUGAAACCGCUUACGAGGCCCCCUCUAGCGGGUACGUGUACAAGGCCCCAGCUGGACUACCAAGCCCUGGCUACCACGCCCCGAAGCCUACGUACAAGCCACCAACGGCUUAUAAGGCGCCCGCACAUGGCUAUGACUACACGCCUCCCCAGACCGCUUAUAAAGCCCCAGCCGCUGACUACAAAGCACCUGCAGCUGACUAUAAGGCCCCUGCCGCUGAUUACAAAGCCCCUUCCGCAGGGUACGACUACACGCCCCCUGAAACCGCUUACAAAGCUCCAUCUAGUGGGUAUGUGUACAAGGCUCCCGAAGGACUCCCCAGCCCUGGUUACCAUGCCCCAAAGCCUACGUACAAGCCACCAACGGCUUAUAAGGCGCCCGCACAUGGCUAUGAUUAUACGCCUCCUGAACCUGCUUACAAACCACCAGCUGCUGGCUAUGACUACACCCCCCCUAAGUCGGAUUACCUGCCUCCAAAGUCAGAUUACGAGGCUCCUGCUAGUGGGUACGUGUACAAGGCUCCCGAAGGACUCCCUAGCCCCGGCUACCACGCCCCGAAACCUACGUACAAGCCACCAACGGCUUAUAAGGCGCCCGCACAUGGCUAUGAUUAUACGCCUCCUGAACCUGCUUACAAGCCUCCUGCUGCUGGCUAUGACUACACACCCCCUAAAUCGGAUUAUCUGCCUCCAAAGUCGGAUUACGAGGCUCCUCCUAGUGGGUAUGUGUACAAGGCCCCAGCUGGACUACCGAGCCCCGGCUACCACGCCCCGAAGCCCACGUACAAGCCACCAACUGCCAGCGGAUAUGACUACACACCCCCUAAGUCGGAUUACCUGCCUCCAAAGUCGGAUUACGAGGCCCCUGCCAGCGGAUAUGUCUACAAGGCCCCCGAAGGACUGCCCCACCCAGGAUACCACGCCCCAAAGCCCACGUACAAGCCACCAACUGCCAGCGGAUACGACUACACCCCACCCAAGUCGGAUUACCUGCCCCCUAAGUCCGACUACGAGGCGCCCAAAUCGGACUACGCAGCCCCCAAGUCCGACCACUCGCACGGCUACAAGAUCCACGACUCCUCGUACUCAACCACGAUGGACCCCAACUGGAAGCCGAAGUUCACGACCCCCUACCCGGACGCAGUCACCUUCGUACCCCCCUACGACUACAGCCAGUACCAUGACGGGUGGCUGAGCAAGGGCCACGACCACGCCCACGCGGACGACCCCCACUACCAGAUCGACUACAAGCUCGACUCCGCCCACGCACCCUCGGUCUCGACCUAUGGGGGCGUGCACCACGCCGACCACGAACCAGGCUACGAGCCAGACCCGACCAUCUACCCGUCCACGGAUACCACAAGGCCUCCGGGGGUAUGGGCCCCAGCGGCUGACUAUAAGGCCCCUGCUGAGGACUACAAGGCGCCUGCAGCUGACUAUAAGGCGCCUGCGGCUGACUAUAAGGCCCCUGCGGCUGACUACAAGGCGCCUGCGGCUGACUAUAAGGCCCCUGCCGCUGACUACAAGGCCCCAGCGGCUGACUAUAAGGCCCCUGCUGAGGACUACAAGGCGCCUGCCGCUGACUACAAGGCCCCAGCGGCUGACUAUAAGGCCCCUGAGGCUGACUACAAAGCCCAGCUGCUGACUACAAAGGCCCCUGCUGAGGACUACAAAGCGCCUGCAGCUGACUAUAAGGCCCCUGCAGCUGACUAUAAGGCGCCUGCCGCUGAUUACAAAGCCCCUGCAGCUGACUAUAAGGCUCCAGCGGCUGACUAUAAGGCCCCUGCUGAGGAAUACAAGGCUCCUGCAGCUGACUACAAAGCCCCUGCCGCAGGGUACGACUACACGCCUCCUGAAACCGCCUACAAAGCCCCUGCUGCUGUCCUCCUGCCGUCGCCUGAUUACGGACAAGCGAGAGGAUCUACGGCGUCCAGGGAGCCGCCCCUGUCUACGGUCCGCCCACGCUGCCUCACAGGUCACCUUCGUACCCCCUACGACUACAGCCAGUACCAUGACGGGUGGCUGAGCAAGGGCCACGACCACGCCCACGCGGACGACCCCACUACCAGAUCGACUACAAGCUCGACUCCGCCCACGCGCCCUCGGUCUCGACCUAUGGGGGCGUGCACCACGCCGACCACGAACCAGGCUACGAGCCAGACCCGACCAUCUACCCGUCCACGGAUACCCACAAGGCCUCCGGGGGGUAUGGGUAUGCAACGCCCAAGCCAGCGUAUCACGAGGCCCCUGCGGCUGACUAUAAGGCGCCUGCGGCUGACUAUAAGGCCCCUGCGGCUGACUAUAAGGCGCCUGCAGCUGACUAUAAGGCCCCUGCGGCUGACUAUAAGGCGCCUGCGGCUGACUACAAGGCGCCUGCGGCUGACUACAAGGCGCCUGCGGCUGACUACAAGGCGCCUGCGGCUGACUACAAGGCCCCAGCGGCUGACUAUAAGGCCCCUGCUGAGGACUACAAGGCGCCUGCAGCUGACUAUAAGGCGCCUGCGGCUGACUAUAAGGCCCCUGCGGCUGACUACAAGGCGCCUGCGGCUGACUAUAAGGCCCUGCCGCUGA